AUGUUCGGUCAAUGCAUUUUUAGACAAAAGUCAAAGUCAAAGUCAAACUUGUACCUGGAACAAGUCACGGUGCCUAUUGGUUCACUGAUGGUGAUUUUCGAAUCACGUCCCGAUUGCUUGCCUCAGGUGAGCUUUACGACUAUUUAG